AUGAUCCUCGAAAAAAUUGGGGCCUAUCACGAGGUUAAUGGUGCUGUUAUGAAAGAAUAUUUACAAAGAGUAUAUAAUAGUAUAUUAUCCCAUCCAGAUAUUAUGGCUCUAGGAGAGGGCAUAGCUCAAUUAUUAGUACAACAAGCCCAAAGUAUAGUUUUAAUGCAUAGAGCCGUUGAAAAUGUACAACAUCGACUCCAUAAAUCUCAGGAAGAAGUUAAACAGAGACUUUGUAAUUUCCAUCCAGUUUUAUCUAGAAUAGGUCCUUGGUUACGAUCUGGAUUACGAAUAGCUGAACAAAAGUUCAGCCAAGAAAACCAGUGGAGUGCACAUGAAGAGGCUUUAGCUUUAUGCAGUUCUGAAAGGUUAUUUCAGACUGUCUAUUUUCUAAAUAGAGACCUGGCCUUUAUGAGAGAGCGGGAACCGGCCUUAUUAAGAGAACUAAGUAAAGACAAAAUUCCAACUAGAAGUUUUUUAUGGCCAACACAGAUUUGGCUACCAACAAACUGGGUUAUUAGAAGAAAUUUUCAGGGACAGUCAGAAGUUGUUCCAACUGUUUUGAGUAAACAGGUUACUAGUAUAACUACACCUAGAUCAGAUCCAAGUCAACCGGUAUUUCUAGUUGAAAAAGAAAUAGUACGAACAACAACAACUCGGUGGCCCUUGUGGCGAAUAUUUAAUUAUUUCCAUCGAACAUGGUGUUGGACCUGGAAUGCAAUGUUCUUUUUUGGUAUAGUUUUACCAUGGUGCAGUCCUGUAGGUCUCAGAGCAUUAUUUUCUGUAGAACCAUUUAUGCCAGAUUUAGAAUUAUCUCAAAUUAAUGGAACCUUGUUUCCUCGUAAAAGUAGUUUGACUUCUACAUUGACAUCUCGGUUAAUAAAUCUUUGGAGGCAUAUUUCAAAGUCUCGGACUCAUUUUGAAACAAAACCAGAUACGGGUUUCAUUGGAAAAGGUUUAACGAGACAUAUUAAUAGAAUUUGGAAUUAUUUUAUUAAAGGUGUAUUUGGUACUAUUGGAUUAGUUGUUAUUUUUCCUAUAGUAUGCCUUGGAGUUAUAUUAUCAAGUUUGUUUAUUGCAAUAACAUCUGUAAUCUGGAUGCCAAUAUUAACUUUGGCAAUACAAGUUACUAAUGCUCUUAUAUAUGAUUUGGAUAGUUCUGAACAGAAGAGAAAUAGAUACUUCAUACUCUGCGAAGCUCUCUUAUGGAAUAUGACUUUACAAGGUUUAAUACAGCCGGUGACAUCUCUAUUUGUAGCAGUUAUUGUUUGUCCUUUUGUAUCAUUCUUAAUAUUAGCAGGUGGAGUAACAAGAUACUGGCUUCGUUUGCUUUGGGAUGCCAUGAUUUUUCAUGUAAUUAUUAAGAAACGGGGACGAGUUCCAGCAAGUGAUAGUUUUGUAGUUAAAAGAAUAGCUGGACCGGGCCUUGCAUCAGAUUAUUAUUUUCAAAUUAGUCCAGAACAAGCUCUGGCAGCAUUCGAAGCAAAAAUGGAAUGGGAUGAACUUGCCGUUUAUCAAACAGAUAUAGAAAGUACGAUAAUGCAACCCCAAAAGGACUUUAGUCAUUUUGUGGAGGCUUGCUUUGGAAGCUUUUCUGCACAACUUUCUAAAAAUGGACCAUAUAAGAACUUGGAGAAAGAAGCUCAAGAUUUGUUAACUGUAUUACAUGAAAAACUGGAAAGGCGGAGAAGAGAUUUGCAAACAGGUCUCAGUGUUGUAGUCAAAAGUAAAAUUAAAUUGUCUACUCCAGAAUUAAAGAUUGCUAUUCAACAAGGUGCUUUGAUGCUGGAACGUUUCUAUCCUACCCAUAUUUUACCUAAAUUAGGUUGUACCGAAGAACAGUUUUGGGAAAGUAGAGCUCUGAGUGUGGGUGAUUGGGCUGGACUUGCUGGCCUUUUAUAUUCAGAAACUUUUAGUUUAGAUAUUCUUACACCAUUAGCUCAUACAGAUACUUGCUUUAGACUUGAUCCUCACCCUCAAGCUGAUAUAACGAGAUAUACUGAAAUGGUACAGUGUGCUCAGCUUG